AGAUCUUAUUUUAAUCUUGCACACAAUGUCUGUCAUGUUAAGUCAGUGUCAAUGUCUAGUUCUUGCCACAUCGGACUCGGAAUAAUCCCAACUGACGGGUGUUGGCGGGAAUAAAUUUCACUGAUAUUAUUUAUUAUUUUUUCAUCUCUGAUCAGAACAAUAUAAGAGGAAAUAACUAUUUAAAAAAAAAUUAAUUAUUAGUAUUAUUUUUGUUGUUGUUGCAUUUGCUAUAUCAGUACGAAAUCAAAGAACAACAAAUAAAUAACAACCAAAAAAAAAACCGGCCCAGUCUUUGUGUUUGACGUGAAAGAAAGCAAUAAACAAACUGGUUUGAGGAAAGCUGUGAUUUGCUUGUCCCUGUUGAGGAAAACGAAAUUUCCAAAAUGGAUAAAAAGGAAAUUGUCUCGUACAAAAAAGGUGGCACGGAGAUUGGCAAGGCAAUGGCAGAAAAAAGCAGGGGUCUAUUUAGUGCUGAUGACUGGCAGUGUAAAAGUUGUGGUAAUGUGAACUGGGCUCGAAGGACAGCUUGUAACAUGUGCAAUGCUCCGAAAUAUGGCAGGAUUGAACCACGAACGGGUUAUGGUGGUGGUUAUAUGGAAAGAGAUGAAGUAGUAGAAUACAUCAAAAGGAAUGAGUCUGAUGAUGAAUAUGAUGAAUUUGGACGUAAAAAGAAAAAGUUCCGAAAAGCUGAUGAUGAAAAAGAUAAGGCAACCAUACCAAAAGAUACUGCUCGUAGUGUUGAUGAGGAUGACAAUAAAGAGGAGGAAGAGGAUGAUGAAGAUGAGGAUGGAGCUGGUGAUGUAUCAAAGUACAAACUGGACUCUGAGGAGGAUGAGGAAGAUGAUGAUGAAGAUGGUGAUUUAUCUAAAUAUAAACUGGUUGACUCUGAAGAAGAGAAUGACAAAUCAAAAAGUCGUAAAUCUCGUUCCCGGUCUAGUUCAUCUCGGUCUUCCUCUCGGUCAGCAUCCAGCUACAGUUCAUCGUCCGGUUCAGGCAGCCGAUCACGGAGUCGUUCUCGGUCCUACUCUCGCAGUCCUUCUUCAUCUUCCAGUCGUUCAUCACGAUCCAGCUCACAGCGCUCGCAAUCUCGGUCCAUUUCCAGAUCUCGAUCACGGUCUUCCUCAGUAUCCAGUGCCACCUCAGACCAACAAAUUGCAUCAGAGAGAGGGCAGUCAGAUGAGAAGAGGAAGAGGCAGUCACAUAGGAGAAACUGUUCAGGCUCCAGGUCCAGGUCCCGCUCAACUGAGAGGCAGCACUCUAGAAAAAGACGGCGUUCCCGCUCUAGGUCGUCUUCACGUUCCAGAUCAGGCUCAAGAUCCAAAAGCAGAAAAUCUGGAUCCAAUCGGUCGAGGAGCUGAUACUGAGUUGCCGUCAAUACACAGUACCCAGAGAAGCUGUCCAUUCUUUCACUUACACCAACAGUUAGAGACAGAAUACACACGCAUGCACGCACACACACACACUCUCUCUCUCUCCCCGAUACCCCACUUUUUUUACUUUUUAUUCCAAGCAUUGAUUCCUUUCCAGCCACCAUUUGUCUAUUUUAAAAAUUG